GGGAUGCGGGGGGCAGACAAACACCCCAAAUGUUCCUGGGAAGACGGGCAAGAGACGAGGGCGACCCCCAAAGCGGAAAAAACUACUGGAAGAAAAUUUGCUGAGGGAGAAGGCAGAAGAGAACUUGCUAAUCCGCGAGACUCAGAUAAGAAAUGGGUCCCAAGGGCCUGGCCGUGGGACAUGGUGGCUGCUGUGUCAGACGGAAGAGGAGUGGAGGCAGGUCACAGAGAGCUUCAGAGAGAGGACUUCCCUUAGAGAGCGGCAGCUCUACAAACUCUUGAGUGAAGACUUCCUGCCGGAGAUCUGCAACAUGAUUGCACAGAAGGAGAAGCGUCUGCAGCGGACAGAGUUUUCUCCCAGGUGGAUGUCUGACCAUCAGCCCAUCAAACCAAUCAAGCAGGAGGUAAACCCGAACAUGCUGAAUUCGAUGGAGAAGCAGAGGCGCAGAGAAGAAGAGGAGGAGCGCCAAAUCCUUAUAGCAGUGCAGAAGAGGGAGCAGGAACAGCUGCUAAAGGAAGAGAGGAAGAGAGAGAUGGAGGAGAAAGUCAAAGCGGUGGAAGAACGGGCCAGGAGGAGGAAGCUUCGUGAAGAGCGGGCCUGGCUGCUGGCACAGGGGAAGGAGCUCCCCCCUGAGCUUUCCCACUUGGAUCCCAGUUCCCCUACCAGAGAAGAGCGAAGGACCAAGGAUCUCUUUGAACUGGACGAUGAGUUCACAGCCAUGUACAAAGUUCUAGACGUGGUAAAGGCUCACAAGGACUCUUGGCCCUUCUUGGAGCCCGUUGAUGAAUCGUAUGCUCCCAACUACUACCAGAUCAUUAAGGCCCCCAUGGACAUCUCUAGCAUGGAGAAGAAGUUGAACGGAGGUCAGUACUGCACCAAGGAAGAAUUUGUGGGCGAUAUGAAGACCAUGUUCAGGAACUGUCUUAAGUACAAUGGUGAAGGCAGUGAAUAUACCAAGAUGGCUUACAACUUAGAGAGGUGUUUCCACCGAGCAAUGAUGAAGCACUUCCCUGGGGAAGAUGGAGACACAGAUGAGGAGUUUUGGAUCAGAGAAGACGGGAGACGAGAGAAGAGGAGCCGGCGGACUGGCCGCUCCAGCACAGGCAGUGUUUGGACUCGGUCGCGAGACCCAGAUGGACCAGGCAAGAGGCAGCAACGCCUGGAAAAUGGAGGAAAACCUCCACCAUAUCGAGCUACUUCCAGGGCUCCUGCUUCUUCCUCCUCUUCCUCUUCCUCCUCCUUCUCCUCGUCCUCUGCAGAGGAUCCAAGUGGCAACCCAAUGCAGCCUCCUCGAGAAGUGGGCCCUUCCAAUGGGCGAGGUUUCCCUCGCUCUCUGCAGUAUGGCGGCAUGCCCAGCCCUGUGCCACAUCCCGGCCAGAUGAGGCCAGCCGUGCCAGGAACGUUUGGUCCCCUACGUGGAUCAGAUCCCACGAAACUGUAUGGCUCGCCGCGAGUGCCUGAGCCCCAUCCUGGAGACCCGGUCCAGCAGCACCAGCACUUUGCCAUGCAG